GCUUGAGGGCUUACCUUUUGCGUGCGAGCUAUUGUGGCAAGAUUAGCGUUCGCAUCGUAUUCAAUUUAUUGCUGCAACGCUCAUCCUGCAGAGGAAGAGUCGUGCAAGGAUGCAUCUCAGCAGCAGCACCCUGCUCGUGCUGCUGGCCAGCACGCAAUGUCAUGCCUUCGCGCCGGCAGCAAUGCGUGCACGCGCACCGAGCCCGAGAGCCCAGUGGUGGGAGGAGGACGGCACAGCGCCUGACGCCGGCGCGACGACCACGGCCAAAGCGACGGGCGAGCAUCAAAUAAAAGCCGGCGACCACGUCCGCCUCCACUACUCGUUGACGACGACGGGCGGCCAGGCUUUAGACGGCGCCGAGCUGACGUUCGACACGGAGGAAGUGGACCUCGUGGUCGGCGCCGGCGGCUUUUUACCGGCGCUCCAUAAUGCAUUGGACGGCGCCUCGUUAACAGUCGACGCGCCGGAGACGAUGACGCUGAGCGCACCUUUCGGGGAGCGCGAUCCAAGACUGGGCCCGAUUCCCGUCCCGGCCGCGAACGCCCCGAAAGGGAUGCAGCCCGGCGACCGCGCGGGCCUCUCGAACGGCGCGACCGCGCGCGUCAUGUCCGUGUCAGAUGAAAAGGUGGUCAUCGACGCCAAUCAUCUCUAUGCGGGCGAGGACCUCACGUUGACCGUAACUUUACUGGAGCCGCCGAACGGCCGUCCAUUGCAAGAGGCGACCUUCGCGGGAGGCUGCUUCUGGGGCGUGGAACUGGCCUACCAGCGCGAGCCCGGCGUCGUACGGACGGAGGUCGGCUACGCGCAAGGUGCGGAUCCGUCGCCGUCCUACGAGGCCGUGUGCUCGGGCGUGACGGGACACACCGAGGCCGUGCGCGUCCGCUACGACCCGUCUCGCGUGUCGUACGAGCGGCUCUGCGACCUGCUGCUCGAUCGGCUGGGCGAGAACCGCUACGCGCUCAACAGGGUCGGCAACGACCAGGGCACGCAAUAUAGACACGGCAUCUACUUUAGUGAUGAUGCGCAACAAGCGACGGCGGAGGCCGUCAUCGCGCGGGAACAACAGCGCGACGCUGGGAGGCCCAUCGUGACCGAGGUUGAGAGAAUAGCCGCGUACUACGCCGCCGAGGCGUACCACCAGCAGUACCUCGAGAAGGGCGGCCAGUCGGCGAAGAAGAGCGAUGGGAGCACGAUCCGGUGUUACGGGUAAGUGUGUUGUUAAGUAGUCGCC